UGAUGAUACUGGUUUAUUUGGAAGAAGAGUUUAUUUAGAAUCACCUUCACUUGACAACAAAGAUGAAGACGAUAUGUACAGAUAUGUACCAAGUCGUUUAAGUGAUCAUCCAUCAUCCAUUGUUGGCGCAAAGGUUCCAGCACCUACAGGUGAAACUCUUAUAGAUUCACUCGAUUUUGAAUUAGAUCUUCUUGGGGCAACAAAUACACGACAUGCAAUACCGUAUCCAACAAAUACGCAAUUAUUACAAGAACCAAAACCACCAAUCCCAUUGACACAGUUAAACAAUACAGUAACACAAUCUCCAAUGGCAAAUUUGCGAAGAGCUGAUCCUCGACAAGAUCCACUUCUUGGUCCAUUACUUGCUGAACUUGAUGUAAUGUCUACUCAACAACGUUUACCACAAACGCAACCAUCACCACCGCCUCCUAUCUAUCGACGAAAUUCAGUGCCUUAUGAACCUAAUGUUAGUCGAUUACCUGGUCUAUCGCAAACCAAUCAGGCUUCAACAACUACAGCAAAUCGUACUGUUAAUGAUGCACUACUUGAAGCUGAACUUUACGAUUCACUCGAUCCCCGAAAUCAACAAAAUCCUCCUAUUCAUCAACGUCAGCCAAUACCAUUUUCUGCUCCAAAUUUAAACUCAUCAAAUCAACCUCAACCUCAGCAACAACAACAACAACAACAACAAAGGCAAUUACCACCUCGUUCAUCAAAUAUGAAUAGUACAGAUAUAUUUCUGCCCUCAUCCUAUGAUAAUGGACCAGGAUCAUUUUUAAGUCAUUUUGGUCCAGAUGAUCAAUUAUUUCAACAACCAUUAUUCAAUGCUAUUGGACAAAAUUAUGUACCGAAUCCAAGACCACCACCUCCACCUCAACCACAACAACAACAGCAACAACAACCAUAUGAGCAACGAGAUUCAACUUUUGAUAAUUCAUAUGCACGAUUAUCUCCACCACACCGUACAGCACAUGUUCCAUCUCAGCAACCUCCAAAUAAUAAUAAUAAUCAAUAUCAACAACAACCACCACCACCACCACCUCCUUCAAAUCGACAAACAGCCUAUACGAAUAAUAAUAAUAAUAAUAAUGAUCCAUUUAGUGACUAUCAGGAUAUGUAUGCCCCAUCUCAAUAUCAACGUCCACCACCGACACAAAAACAACAAUAUCAAAGACCUCCAUUACCUCCACAACAACAACAACAACAACAACAACAAAAUUAUGAUGAACAAAUCCUACGUUCAUCUUAUCCUUCAAAUAAUCAAGAAAUGUUUUUUACUGAUCAUAAUGAUGAUCAACUUGAUCAACUUUCUUAUCGACAACAACAACAAGCACCAUCCUUGACAAAUCAACGUAAUGUUGAUCAACAACAAGAACAAGAUACAAAACGACAAGCUAUUUGGAAUGAUUUACAACGUACAAAUGCUAAAGUUCAAGAAAAAAAUGCAAAAAAACGUGAAUCAGCUAAUCGACGUGAACAAUUAUUAAAAGGUACAUUUAAUUCAAAUAAUGCAUGGAAUGGAAAUGGUAGUCAGCAGUCUUCUGCUCAGUCAAAACAAGGUGGAAAUUCACCGCCACAACGUCGUCCACCACCUAUACCACCUGUUUCAAGAACAAAUUAUAUCGAAGAUAAUAUUGAUAUGAUUAAAAAUAAAGAAAAUUUUUAUCAUCGGUAUCCUGCUAAGAAAUAUGAAAAUUUAUAUUCAAAACGAAAAGAUCUUGGUGGUGGUGGAAAAAAUGAACAAAAUCAAAAUCAAAAUCAAAGUCAAAAUCAAGAAUCACAAAAUGAGUUUGAGCAAACACAAUCAUCAACAUUAAUUAAUAAUUCUUCAACAUAUUCUAAUACACAACAGCGUCCUAGUUUACCAGUAACAAUCAAUUUAAAUCCAGGUGAUAAAUCACAAACUGGAAAUCUUCCAGCAUCAGUUACAAUACCGCUCGAUAGUCAUGUUAGUCGUGUAGGCGAUAAAAUAUCCGUAAAUAUUGAUUUACGUCUUGUUGAUUUACAAAACAUUAAGCAACAACAACAACGAAAUAGUGAGCAUCCAGAUUGGUCUGGUUUAGAUCCAUUAGAUCGACAUAUACGAAAAUUAGAGCGUAGUAUUGAUCAAUCUUUACCACAAACAAAUUCACCAACUGAUCGAAGUCCAACAUUAACAAAUCCACCUGUUAAUCCAUCCAUGGGUCGUUACGGUAAAUACACAACAGGUGUUGGUCAAGGUGGAUAUAGUCCACCUAGUUAUAGUAGUGAUUAUUAUAGUUAUAGUGAUAAAGGACGAGAAGAAGAUUCUUAUUUGGCUAAAAUGAAUUUUGCGAAACAAGGACCACAUUUUAAACCAUAUACUGGUCGUGAUUAUGAACAAUUUAAAAAAAAUAAUGGUUUUGGUAGUGGUUAUCUUGGUUUUGAUUUUGAUAAUCCUAAUUAUAAAGAAAAAACUGAUAAAUUAACCAAAACAAAAGAAUAUGCACAACAAGUUGAACUUCGUAAUAAGAAAAAAUUAGCUGAAGCUCCUCGUCGUACAUUAUCAGAUACACGAAUACCAAAUGACGCAUCAAAAACACAACGAGCACUUGAAUAUGCUCGUGUAUCAACUCGUCAUAAACCACCAUCAGGUACAUCAACUCGUUCGACUCCACCUAAUAUGAAUGGAGGUGCUCCUGGUCAGCAGCGUCGACCAACUGAUGUUGCUCAUCGUCCACCACCAACACAAAAACCAUCAAUAAAAUUUGCACAAAAUGAUGAUAAUGAACUUGUUGAACGUUUAGCUAUGCGUCAUGAACGUGAUAAAGCUCAAGUACAAGGUAUUUUAAAUCCAUCACAAAAACGACGUGAACAACUUUUUGAUGAUGAUGAUCGUCGUGUAACUGAUAUUGAAAGAUUAGCACAAGAUCGAGCUAAUCAAAGACGUUUAUCACCACCUAGACAAUUACCUCCAACAGGAUUAGCAGCAAAUGGUAAUGCUCGACGACCAUUAAGAUUUGAUAAACCACUUGUACCUGAUGAAUCAACAUAUCCUCCACAACAACAACAACAACAACAACAACAAUAUCGUCCUGUUCAACAGCAAUCACAACAGCCUCAACCAACACAUGUCGAUGAAUUAGCUAAUCGACAUCAUGACGAAAAAAUGCUUAUGGAAGCAAUUCGUCAAGAAUUAAGUGAACGUCCAUUAGGCGACGACGAAGAAUUAAUUGUUGUUGAACAAUAA